AUGAAGCUAGAAGAUGCAUUAUGGGCAUACAGGACUGCAUUCAAAACGCCCAUAGGCAUGUCACCCUAUCAGUUGGUUUAUGGUAAAGCUUGCCAUUUGCCACUCGAGCAUGAGCACAAGGCGUUUUGGGCUUCUAAAUUCCUUAACUACGAUAUUGUAAAAGCCGGUGAGUCUCGUAUUCUUCAACUACAUGAGUUAGAGGAAUUUAGAGAUCAAGCUUAUGAAAAUGCAAAGAUGUGCAAAGAACAAACCAGGAAGUGGCAUGAUCAAAGAAUUAUCAAGAAGGACUUUUGGGAAGGACAACUAGUGUUGUUGUUUAAUUCGAGGCUGAAGUUAUUUCCUGGAAAAUUGAAGUCAAGAUGGUCAGGGCCGUUUGUAGUGCACAAGGUAUUCCCACAUGGUGCGAUUGAAAUUAAAAACCAAGCCAAUGGGGACAUAUUCAAAGUCAAUGGACAGAGGUUGAAGCCCUAUUAUGCUAGGCAUGAAGCUGGAUCAAUUGAUCAUGUUGUUUAUGAAACACGGCUAUCAAGGAGUGAAAAGAGCAGAAAAUCCAAGAAGGACAAUAUUUUCUGA